AUGGACGAUAAUCAUUUUGCAUGGAUUCUAUGGUAUAUAUGGAAAGGAAGGAACAAUAAGGUCUUUAGCAAUUUGGAUAUUGAUCCCCGCGAUACCCUCAAGUUGGCGGAAACAGAAUCGGCCCUCUGGGCUGAGGCGCAAAUUAAAAAUGAACAGGGAUCUGAUCAGACCCGAUUGGUAGUGAAUGCGACAUUGCCCACUAUCUCCGGUAGAUGGUGUUUCACGGAUGGUUCAUGGAAGGAAAAUGAUCGGUUUUCGGGACAAGGAUGGUGUAGUACUCUAGAAGGUUUUGACAGUUUGAUGGGAGCAAGGAAUACUAGAGCGGGUCAAUCCCCACUGCACUCGGAGAUGGAGGCGCUCAUAUGGGCAAUGGAAUGUAUGAGGAACUUAAGACAAUAUAAUGUUACUUUUGCGACGGAUUGUUCUCAGUUGCUGAAGAUGGUUUCUGAACCCGAAGAAUGA